GUCUCGGGGAGCGCCCCGCCGGGGUCCGCGGGCGGCGGCUGACAGUUGGCCGGGUUUGGGCCCGUUCCAGCCUCCUGGAGCAGCCAUGUCGCCACUUUUGCGCGUGCUGAAUUCACGGCGCUGCCCAAGCGGAGCUGCUAUCUGAAUUCUCCGUGGAAGUGUCCGCCCUAGAGAAAUAUGUAGACGGGAGCCCUGCUACCUUCCGCCAGCAUGGACUUCCUGGUUCUCUUCUUGUUCUACUUGGCCUUCUUAUUGAUCUGUGUUGUCAUGAUCUGCAUCUUCACAAAAAACCAGCGUUUGAAAGCCAUGGUCCUUGGAGGAACACAGGUGUGCUCCAGGGUCAUCCCACAUUGCCUCCAGAGGGCCGUGCAGACGCCUCUUCAUCAGCUCUUCCACACACGCCACCCCACCUUUGUUGUCUUGCACCUGUUCUUGCAAGGGCUAGUGUAUGCGGAGUACACUGGCGAGAUCUUCAGCUACUGCCAGGAGCUGGAGCUCUCUCUGCCUUACCUUCUUCUGCCCUAUGUGCUGCUGAGUGUGAACCUGUUGUUCUUCACCCUGACUUGUGCCUCCGAUCCUGGCACCAUCACUAAAGCAAACGAAUCAUUACUUCUACAAGUCUAUAAAUUUGAUGAUGUGAUGUUUCCUAAGAACUCGAGGUGCCCCACUUGCGAUUUAAGGAAACCAGCUCGCUCCAAGCACUGCAGGGUGUGUGACCGCUGUGUGCACCGUUUCGACCAUCACUGUGUUUGGGUGAACAACUGCAUCGGGGCCUGGAACACCAGGUACUUCCUCAUCUACCUCCUGACGCUGACGGCUUCUGCUGCCACCAUUGCCACUGUGACUGCUGCCUUUCUGCUCCGCCUAGUGACAGUGUCCGAUCUCUACCAGGAAACUUACCUUGAUGACUUGGGGCAUUUCCAGGCUGUGGACACUGUCUUUCUUAUUCAGCGCCUGUUCCUAGCAUUUCCAAGGAUUGUGUUCCUGCUGGGCUUUGUCAUCCUUCUGACCUUGCUCCUGGCUGGCUACUUGUGCUUUGCUCUGUACCUGGCUGCCACCAACCAGACCACAAAUGAAUGGUAUAAAGGCGACUGGGCCUGGUGCCAGUGCUGGCCUCUGGUGGCUUGGUCCCCAUCAGCUGAGCCCCAGAUCCACCAGAACAUUCACUCCCAUGGGUUUAGGAGCAACCUUCGAGAGGUCUUUCUACCUGCUACCCCCAGUUACAAGAAAAAGAAGAAAUAGAGCGGAAGUGCCCUGCCUUUUGAAUACAGUGCACAUCGAUUUGUACACAUGGA